AUGAGCAAGAAAAAAAGGGAUCAUUUUUAAGAACCUCUUAUGGUUUCCUAGCAGCUAUUAUUCAAUAUGCUCAGAAUAUAUGAGGAGUUCAAGAUGAAACAUCAAGGAAUUAAAAGAAUUUUUAUUAAGAAUACAACUCUAAAGUUGUAGAUAUAAAAAUCUGAAAAAAAUAAGAAGACAAAUUAAAGAAUCGAAGUAUUAAUUGAUUAAUUACCUUAAGAUUUUGAAAUUACCAAAAAUAAACAUAUAUUUUUGUAUGAGUUCAAUAUCAUCCAAAACCUUUAAGCCUAAUCCAUUACUUAUUUCAAAAAGAGAGUAUAAUAAAUUAAAUGAUAUCAAUUACAAUAACUACAUUUGA